AGCUUUGUCCCCAUUCUUGAAGGGAAAAUGCUGUACUAAACUUUUACUGUGAAACUGUUACUUUGCAUGAAAACUUUCAAACUGGCUCUGGGGUUUGUUACCUUUUUGAAGUCCUUUCCAUUUAUCUAUGCAAGCAACACUGCUAAGAUAAGUUGAUUCAGAGAAUAAUGCCUUACAUUAUGAUCAGUAAACACAUAAAUACUGUGUUUACUGCCAUCAAUGUAAACUAAUGUGUGGAUCUUUAUCAUAAUUAAGCUUUUUAUUUCUCAUUCCAUAGAAGCAAGUCAGUCAAGUGAAGCAGCCACAGCGGUUACUGAUGUAAUGAGUGUGUUCUAGUUGGACAACACCAUCAGUGCCAGAACAGUGAGCUGUUUCCCCUAACAACUCUGUGACCUGAAGGAAUUGCUCAACAAGAGAGACAGGAAAAUAUUGAGUAGUAUAUGAAAACAACUUCAAGACAAAAUUAGAUUGUUGUGGAAGACAUCCUGCCUGGUUUUGGGACCCACCAACAUCUGGAAAAAGCAGGCAACACUUGUUCUUUGAUUUCUUCUAUGCAUUCAACAAAAUUCAGCUUGGUUUAUUAAGUCAAAGACUCCUGAAGACACAGGUGGAGGCCUGUCUGUACUCUAACUACUCCUGUUCACUCUGUACACCUCAGACUUUCAGUAUAAGACAGAGCCCUUCAUCAACAGAAAUAACUCAGAAGACAUCAGGUGUAUCAGAAAUAAAAAAAAAACUGCAUACAGAGAUGAUGGAAACAAUCAUCUUGACUUCAAUAGAAACAAAAUAAAGGAAAUGAUUGCAGAUUUCAGGUGAAAACAACUGUCAAGUACUAGUUAUUUUUAGUUGUCAAGUGCUAGUGUGUUCACCUAACACACUGGACUGACAAUGCAACAGUGAAGCCAACAAGAAGGGACAGAGAAGAAUGUACUUCUACAUAUUUGGAUGUUUGUGUGAGUGUAAAAGUCUUCAUGUUUUGACAGAUAUGGGGUGAAUGCACCAUGAUGCAACUUAUCACUGAGAAACAGCUGAAAACAUCCUGUUCACAGAUGGGCAGUCAGCAUUGUUUCCUCUGGAAUAUUCAAAUAAUUAACACAAUGGUUUUGGAAGAAGUUGAUGCAAAUUUUAAAGAAUUGUGCACAAAUUUAUGGGAAGAUAAGUGAAAUCACUUUAAACAAUAAGGCCUGAUCAUGUCCGGUAUCCCUUAAUAUUUUUCUUUCCAAUUUCUGACAGUCACUGGAUUAUUGUUAAGAUAUUUGGUUUGACAGAAGCUAUAUUGUGUGUGUUAGUGUGUGCUUCCUCUUGCACAGGCCUUGAGGUUAGAAGGUGGAGCUACAUUGGGUUCUUCUUGGUUUCAUUUACGGUUACCCAAACUUUUGUCAUAUCAGUCUGAAUCGUCGGCAUGUAGCCUGUGUUGUAAUGGUUUGCAUCAUUGUCUUUCUUCAGCAUCGAUUUUAGUAUCAGUGGCAUUGAAAAUGACUGGGAUCCGGUACCUGGCUUGUCUGUGGACUGCGGUCAUCACUCUUACUGGUUUUGUUUUUUGCGGUGAUGUUUCGUUCGUGGAGCGGCUGGAGGGAGAGUCGGUGGUCGUCCACUGCCACAUGAAGCCGAGGGGCCAGCCACCCUUCGGCCUCUACCUGAAGCGCAGCUGGCUCCGUCCCGUAGACGUCUUCUUCAAGUACACCAAGAACGACGCCUCCGUCAACGAGUCCUUCAAAGGCCGAGUGAGCGUCAGCGGGGACCCGAGCAGUUACUCCGCCAACGUGACCAUCUCCCAGCUCAGGGCCGCCGACACAGACCGCUACACCUGCGAGUUCAUGGUGGAGAGAAUGGGCGCAGAGGAUGAAAAGAUCCAAGGCAACACCGAAAUCUUCCUCCAAGUCAGCCCUGAUGCUCCGAGCUCCGGGGACCUGGACCUGAUCCAGACCUGCACCGGAGACUCCGCUGUGCUUCCGUGUUUCACCCCAAAUAGCGAAGGCUUGGCUGUGGAAGGCGUGGUUCUGAACAGGCAAAGGGGCCGAGCCCCCGUGGAGGUGGCCUACCACUCUCAAAGGCGCCACACUUCCCUGUUCCCCACUGAGAGAGUCCAGCUGUCGUCUGCGCCCGGACCGGGCGGCAUCACCUUCAAUGUGACGCUGCUGCAGCUCCAGUCUGAGGACAGCGCCCUCUACAGCUGCCAGCUGCUCCUGCGCGGCAGGCCCGACAGCAGCACCAGUCUUAAGGGUCAAGUGUUCUUUAUUUCCGUCCAAGGUGAUAGGUGUGGCUGCUCCAGCUACCCCACGCUGCUCUACGCCUUGUCAGGAGCUGCUGGCAUCCUCUUCCUCCUCCUGCUCCUCGUUGGAUGUGUGGUGGCGCGUAAAGGUAAAACCCGCCAGGAUAUCAAGACACACUCUCAGGCGCCCAUCUACGAGGAGAUGAUCGGGAUGCAGUCUCCCAGCCGAAAGCUGACCGAGUCCUCCGAGUACAAAAACUGCCCGGUGAAGAGGGCCAGCCCUGGAAACCAUUAUGAAAGCCCGAGUGGGGCUCUCUUUCCCCGGAGGGAUUCUGAGAAAUGACGUGUUAGAUCAGAAUAGGAUGACCCAAAACUUUCUGAGAUUCGCAGAACUCUUUCACAUCUGUUUAUUGACUAUCAGAAAAUAUAUUUUUGUGGCCUUUCAAACAAGAAAAAAAAAA